AUGGCCGAUUUCGGUGGCUACAAAGAUGCCGACGGCGUCACUCACCCGCCACCAGCAAUAGCUGCAAGGGCCAUUGCAACUCCCAGAGAGCCAAAAUAUAUCUCCCUAAUCAAAAAGAUUGAAGCCGCAAUGGAAAAACUUGACUGUAGGGAGCAAUUUGUAGAUCUUGGUCCGGAAGAUUUCAUCGAGGGUGCCGCCGACACGAUUUUAGAACUCCACGAGCAGAACAGCACACACGAAGACAAAUAUUCCGAAGCUAAAGCUCGAAUUGAAAAACUUGAAAGCGAGUUGCAGGUAAAGAAGGAGAACCCAAAUAACCUGCAGCACCAACUGGGACAAGACACACCGGCACGGCCCGAUCCAAUUCCCAAUGACUCGACUUCAGCGUCACAGAAUGAUAUGGAGGUCGAUGAGCCGAAGAAAUUGACGAAAAAGAUGUUUGCCGACAUGGAGAAGAAGUACGCUAUAUUGGAAGAGAAAUACGAAGCUGCGAAUACCAAAGCAGUCCUAUGCACAUGUUCCACCGUGCGAGGGAUUCUUGAUGAAUUCACGGAGAGACUUGAUAAAGCUAUUGUGGCUACCAAAGCCGACUUGGGAGACGCUGGAUCCGAGUAUUAUAAGGCCGAGGAUUAUCUUGAGUGGUCGGAGAAAGAGAUCUUGACACUCCGGGAAUUGGUAUCCAAGUUGAAGGCUGCUGGCGGUGAAGCGGUCAAGGAGGAACGGGCGGCAGAUCGGGACCGCAUUGCAGAUCUUGAACACGAUGCGAUAACCCAAAUGGAACGCGCCGAUUCUUACGAAAAGGAACUGAAACAAGAGCGGAUAAAGAUUCAGCAGAUGAAUCAAGACAAAAUGCAGCGUCAGAACGACUUGACCGAGGCGCGGCGAGUGUGCGCUGAGCGACUGACCAAAAUUUCUCAACUCGAAAGUACCGUCGCCUCCCUCCAAGAUACCAACGCCAUUCAAAAUACCUUCCUUGAGUCCUCCCGUUCCACCAUACAGACCCGCGACGCAACAAUCGCCCAUUCUUACUCGUCUUCCGUCCAGACCAAUAUCCAAAAUCUCCAGGGGACAAUCAGUCAGCGCGAUGCAACGAUCCAGACUUUGCAAGCACAAGUGGAGAAUGUCCAGGCGCAAUUGGAUCGGACUGUGGCUGAAAAGAAUGAAGCUCAGCGAGCACACGAGAAUGAAAAGACCGAUGUUCAAUCACAGCUAUCAUCAUCCCAAGCUAAACUAGGCGAGCAUACGGUGGGAAAGACGAAUAUCCAGAAGAAGAAGGCGAACACCAAGCUCAACAACAACAAGAAGGAUGAAGAGCCCGAACGUGCCUUUCAGCAAGAGAAGAAGGUCAACAAUAUGCAGGCCGAAUUUGAUAGGAUGCGCCGAAAAAAUGAGGAGUCUGCUUGGGAAGACUAUGAUGAGUCUGAGGAGGAUGAGGCGGCCAACCCGACCCACAGUCUUCAAAUGUCCCAACCAACAUUGGGCAAUGAAGUCCCACUUCCGCGCAACAAAGGGCAAACCUCUGAAUUCAAGGCAUCCGCACUGGCGAGGGGCGGUCAAGGGCGGGUCCUAGGCUCCACUUCAAAAGUCGGCAAGCCAAUCAAGAACAAUCGGAGACAGUCACAUACUCCUUCGCAACUUCGAUUGCCCUACCUGCUGCAGGACAAUGCCGGAGAAACAGAUGAUUAUACCAAUUCGUUGUCCCAACCUUCCAAGCACAACGUCGUACAGCCCAGCCAGAUUCUCCCAGCUUCAAGCGAGCCAAUGGCCAGUGAGAUUUGGUGCUUGCCUUCCAGGCUUCCGCAUCUCGUCGAUGUAAUGACCAAGUUGAUAAUCAGCCGCCAGGAGAACGAGAUUCAGCAGCUCAAAGAAGCAAUUGAGAAUUAUAAGAAGGAGAUUGCAGACUUCAAGGCGUCGAUCGAUCCCAAGACCGGAGCUCUAAUUGAUCGCGAACGCCGAGCCCUUCCCCAGACGAAAGAUCAGCUCACAGCAGCGUAUACUCAGCUCCAUCACGCAAAUGGUCGCAUAGUCUAUCUGGAAUAUUAUCGAGAUAAUAUUGAGGGCAUCAUCACAAGUCUCCGGAAUGCGAACGAAAUCCUCAGAAGUGACAAUAGCAGACUGGAGAAGAAGUCCAGGAAGGCUGAUGGAAUGGACGAUAAAAUCAAAAGCAUGGAGAAGGAGCUCAACUCUCAUGAAAAGACACUCAAGGAAGUUUUGGAGAUCCAGGCAAGAACAUUUGGCGAGUUGGAGGAGUCUAGGAAAGCUACUCAGCAGGCGGAGACAAUACUCCGAGGAGAGCAAGACAUCCUGCGGAAGAAAACUACGACUAUCGACGCCUUGAAGGUUGAAGUUGCAAAAGAGAAGGCGAGUGCAGACCUGUGUCGUCGAGCUAUGGAGCGUUCUCCCAUGUUCCCGGAGCACAAUGUUAGGAUGCUGAAGGAUAUCCGAAAGAAAUUCGACGCCCUCAUUCCGGACCCGGCAAAGGUCAUUGAUGACCUUUUGAGUGAGCCGAUUACCCAUAUUCCGACGCUAGCAGAUUGUCGAAUUCCUUGUCAGCAGCCUUCAGUGCACUCUCUUGAAAAGGACGAAGCUGUUGCGCCUCCAAAGGUUGAGCAGGAUCCAUCACCAGAAGCUGUACCAGUAGCGCAGUCUCUAUGGAACAGAUGGACUGGCUGGCUGUGUAACAGCGUGGAGAAGAAUGCUGCAUGAGAUACUGAGGGUUACGGUGGAUUAUAGAGUUGGUUGAUGCGUGGAUUAGUGGUAUUUGUUGGAGUAUCUGGGGACAACUGUGGCUGAUGUUUAGUUGGACCUGCUAAAAGAUGGCAGGUGGUACUUUUCAUUGGGGUUACUAGAUUUAGUGCCUGAUGGUCUCUUACUUGAGCUGGCUACGUUAGCGGCCUGUGCUUUCUUUUAGGUCCACCCGAAAUUGGUUGGCGAGGAGGAGUGGCUUUCGUUUGGGCUUACUUGGACAAGUGGCUUGUGUUUCAUUCUUGGCUUGGCAGAGCAUAGCUGGCCACUAUUUGCAGACAGAUUCAGUACUCGCAAUUCAUGAUUACUG